AUGGAGGAGGUUGAGCAGAUGAGUACAGAUGAAGAGGAGGUAGAGAAUGAAAGAGAAGACCACUGCACGCCACUUUACAUCACUGCACCUCAACUCUGGGAGCUGCGGAGUGCGGGUGUUGGAGCAGCAGGACAAGGAGCAGUGCGGAGUGCGGGUGUUGGAGCAGUAGGACAAGGAGCAGUGUGGAGUGCGGGUGUUGGAGCAGUAGGACAAGGAGCAGUGUGGAGUGCGGGUGUUGGAGCAGUAGGACAAGGAGCAGUGCGGGUGUUGGAGCAGCAGGACAAGGAGCAGUGCGGAGUGCUGGGUGUUGGAGCAGUAGGACAAGGAGCAGUGCGGAGUGCGGGUGUUGGAGCAGUAGGACAAGGAGCAGUGCGGAGUGCGGGUGUUGGAGCAGUAGGACAAGGAGCAGUGCGGAGUGCGGGUGUUGGAGCAGUAGGACAAGGAGCAGUGCGGAGUGCGGGUGUUGGAGCAGUAGGACAAGGAGCAGUGCGGAGUGCGGGUGUUGGAGCAGUAGGACAAGGAGCAGUGUGGAGUGCGGGUGUUGGAGCAGUAGGACAAGGAGCAGUGCGGAGUGCGGGUGUUGGAGCAGCAGGACAAGGAGCAGUGCGGAGUGCGGGUGUUGGAGCAGUAGGACAAGGAGCAGUGUGGAGUGCGGGUGUUGGAGCAGUAGGACAAGGAGCAGUGCGGAGUGCGGGUGUUGGAGCAGCAGGACAAGGAGCAGUGUGGAGUGCGGGUGUUGGAGCAGUAGGACAAGGAGCAGUGCGGAGUGCGGGUGUUGGAGCAGUAGGACAAGGAGCAGUGCGGAGUGCGGGUGUUGGAGCAGUAGGACAAGGAGCAGUGUGGAGUGCGGGUGUUGGAGCAGUAGGACAAGGAGCAGUGUGGAGUGCGGGUGUUGGAGCAGUAGGACAAGGAGCAGUGCGGAGUGCGGGUGUUGGAGCAGCAGGACAAGGAGCAGUGUGGAGUGCGGGUGUUGGAGCAGUAGGACAAGGAGCAGUGCGGAGUGCGGGUGUUGGAGCAGUAGGACAAGGAGCAGUGCGGAGUGCGGGUGUUGGAGCAGUAGGACAAGGAGCAGUGCGGAGUGCGGGUGUUGGAGCAGUAGGACAAGGAGCAGUGCGGAGUGCGGGUGUUGGAGCAGUAGGACAAGGAGCAGUGCGGAGUGCGGGUGUUGGAGCAGCAGGACAAGGAGCAGUGUGGAGUGCGGGUGUUGGAGCAGUAGGACAAGGAGCAGUGCGGAGUGCGGGUGUUGGAGCAGCAGGACAAGGAGCAGUGCGGAGUGCGGGUGUUGGAGCAGUAGGACACGGAGCAGUGCGGAGUGCGGGUGUUGGAGCAGUAGGACAAGGAGCAGUGCGGAGUGCGGGUGUUGGAGCAGUAGGACAAGGAGCAGUGCGGAGUGCGGGUGUUGGAGCAGUAGGACAAGGAGCAGUGCGGAGUGCGGGUGUUGGAGCAGCAGGACAAGGAGCAGUGCGGAGUGCGGGUGUUGGAGCAGCAGGACAAGGAGCAGUGCGGAGUGCGGGUGUUGGAGCAGCAGGACAAGGAGCAGUGCUCCCUGGUGUCCGGCUGUCAGCUGGUGUCCUGCCCAUCCUCCUGUCUGUCCCUGAUCUGCUGUCUGUCCUGAGUCUGUCCCCCACCAGAUGGGUGCAGGAUCUGUGCAGGGUCGCAGAUUAUCAAUAA